AUGCAGGUCGCCAACCUGCUGCGGCUCUUCCAGAUCCCGCAGAUCAGCUACGCCUCCACCAGUGCCAAACUCAGCGACAAGUCUCGCUAUGACUACUUCGCCCGCACCGUCCCGCCUGACUUCUACCAAGCCAAAGCCAUGUCGGAGAUCCUCCGCUUUUUCAACUGGACCUACGUCUCCACGGUGGCCUCAGAGGGCGACUACGGCGAGACGGGCAUUGAAGCUUUUGAGCAAGAAGCCCGCAUGCGCAACAUCUGCAUCGCCACCUCGGAGAAGGUGGGACGCUCCAUGAACAAGAAGACCUACGACGGCGUGGUGCGGGCGCUGCUGCAGAAGCCCAAUGCCAAGGUGGUCGUGCUCUUCACACGCAGUGAGGACGCCCGGGAGCUGCUGGCAGCCGCCCACAGAGCCAAUGUCUCCUUCGUAUGGGUGGCCAGCGAUGGGUGGGGAGCCCUGGAGAGCGUGGUGGCGGGGAGCGAGGCGGUGGCGGAGGGAGCCAUCACCAUCGAGCUGGCAGCAUACCCCAUCCAGGAGUUCGCCGCAUACUUCCUCAACCUCCAUCCCUACAAUAACAGCCGAAAUCCCUGGUUUCGGGAGUUUUGGGAGCAAAAGUUCAAGUGCAGCCUUCACAUGCAGGACUGCAGCCGGCACUCCCUAAAGACGGGAAAGUUUGAGCCAGAGUCCAAGAUCACCUUUGUGGUCAAUGCGGUCUACGCCAUGGCUCACUCGCUUCACAACAUGCACCGAGCGCUGUGCCCCAACACCACCAAGCUCUGCGACUCCAUGAAGCCUGUCAAUGGCAAGAGGUUCUACAAGGACUUCAUGCUCAAUGUUAAUUUUGAUGCUCCAUUCAGGCCAGCAGACACUGAGAGCGUUGUUCGAUUUGACCGCUACGGUGACGGGAUUGGGCGCUACAAUAUCUUCAACUAUCACCACAUGGAUGGGCGGUACCGGUACCAGAAGGUGGGCUACUGGGCCGAGGGGCUCAUCCUCAACACCAGCCUCAUCCCCUGGGCAGAGGUAUCCAUCCCAGUGUCCCAGUGCAGUGAUCCAUGCAAGAAGAACGAGAUCAAAAGCAUGCAGCCGGGAGACAUCUGCUGCUGGAUCUGCAUCCCCUGCCAGCCCUACGAGUACCUGCUGGAUGAGUUCACCUGCAUGGACUGUGGCUUGGGUUACUGGCCCAAUGAGACCCUGAAUGGCUGCUACGAGUUGCCCCAGGAGUACAUCCGUUGGAAAGAUGUCUGGGCCAUCGGUCCCGUCACCAUCUCUUGCUUGGGAUUUAUCUCCACUCUCUUUGUUUUUGGUGUCUUCAUGAAGAACAAUGACACUCCCAUUGUGAAGGCCUCUGGACGGGAGCUCUGUUACAUUCUCUUGACCGGGGUCCUCAUGUGCUACAGCAUGACCUUCAUCUUCAUUGCAAAGCCUUCCACCGAGGUGUGCACGCUCCGGCGCCUGGGGCUGGGCACAUCUUUUGCUGUCUGCUAUUCGGCCCUCUUGACCAAGACAAAUCGCAUCGCCAGGAUCUUCAGCGGGGUGAAGGAGGGGGUCCAGCGCCCUCGCUUCAUCAGCCCCACAUCACAGGUGGUCAUCUGCAUGGCCCUCAUCUCCUGCCAGCUGAUCAUCGUCAUCAUCUGGCUCCUGGUGGAGACCCCUGGUACAGGCAAGGAGACCGAGCCUGACAAGAGGUACAUUGUCACCCUCAAGUGCAACAACCGUGACUCCAACAUGCUCAUUUCGCUCACCUACAACGUCCUCUUGAUUGUCCUGUGCACGGUCUACGCCUUCAAGACACGGAAAUGCCCUGAAAACUUCAAUGAGGCCAAGUUCAUUGGCUUUACCAUGUACACGACCUGCAUCAUCUGGCUGGCCUUCCUGCCCAUCUUUUACGUGACCUCCAGCGACUACCGAGUGCAGACCACCACCAUGUGCAUCUCAGUGAGCCUCAGCGGCACGGUGGUCCUCGGCUGCCUCUUCACUCCCAAGCUCCACAUCAUCCUCUUCCAGCCACAGAAGAAUGUGGCCAGCCACCGCGUGGGCACGGCACGCUUCAGCAUGGCGGCCGCUGGCUCCAGCCAGUCCCACGGUGAGUGCUCGGCCUCACAGUACGUGCCCACAGUGUGCAAUGGCCGCGAGGCAGUAGACUCCACGAUGUCGUCCUUGUGA